CGUAUCCGGAUAUUGUCUCGAUCGGACCAGAACCAUGGCUGCGACAGACGUGGAGGAUUUUAUUCAACAAAACAGAGCUUUAGCCAAGCAGGUGGAGACGUUCCGGGGUUACUGGGAAAGUGAGAAACACUGGAACGCCCGGAGGGAGUUCCUCCUGCGGAACAUCAGCGACUUUAAGCUGGAGCAGCUGGACCAGCUGCUGUCUCUGUCCAUGGUGUGGGCCAACAACGUCUUCAUGGGCUGUCGGUACAGCUCCGAGCUUCUAGAGAAGGUAAAGGAAAUGGCGGAGGGCAUCGAGGUGGAGGACGCGCCAGUUUUUAAGACACGAGAUGAAAUUAUGAAGAGUCAGCAGGGUCGUUGACCRGAUGAAACAUUUUGAAUGAUCAACCUAAACCACAUUUUUUACUAUUUAAAACAACUUUUCUAGAUUUUUUAAGCAUUUGUGCAACUUUUACUUUUUUUUUUAAUAGUCAUCAAUUUUAGGCCACUUUUUAUGUAUAAAUGUUGAACUGUAAAAGAAGUCAUAUUUAAAUGUACGAUUUAAACUGAAUUAAAAGGAUUUCUUAAACAUGG